GUGGAUGACAGCGGGAGGAGAGCAGCGGGCGAGGGUUCUGGGCGUGGGGACCCUGGACCUGGUGUUCGUUUUCUUACGUGCAUCGCGUCCUUGAACUGGGGCGGGUUACAAUCACAUGAACUCUUGGAUGGAUCCUGCUGGUCACCUUGUCUCAGUUUUCUAGGUGGAAAAGUCCUCAUUUUUUUUCAAGGGCAGCACUUCCGCCCUUGACUGCGUCGGGUGGUCGUGAGAAUCGGCAUUCCUAGAAGUGCCGGCCCUGGAAGGGCCUCGGGAAUCACCUGGUGGUCGAGCCAAGCUUCCCGUUCUAGGAAUGGGAAAGCAGGUCUCGGCAGUGGAGUGACUGGAUCAGGGUCACUCCUAAGUGAAGGCCUAGCCAGUUCUUAGAACCCGAUAUGGGGUUCCAUUGCAGUUUUAUUGGAUUGGGAGCGGGGAGUGUUCCUUGUCUUCCAACGUUGACCAUGUGCCGAUUUGCUUCUGCUUGACGGGGGAUUUCUCUAGCAGUAAACAUUAUGGCACUUAACUGGGCACCCAGCACUAUUGUAAACACUUUUGAGUACAACUUACCUGAUUGGAUUGCAGGGUAGUUGGGAGUCUUGAGAAUCUUUUAAAAGACCUGAUGAGGAAGCACCAGCAGCUCCACACAGAGUACCUGCUUCCCUGUGCCAGGUUGUCAUGGAAGGGCUGCUGACAAGAUGCAGAGCAUUGUCCACCUGGGCCACCUGCAGCCACCAGCUCUCCAGAUACAUAUCCCACAGAUGUCACCACUCUGCCCCAGGGAGAGGGCAGCGCUUGAUAUUGUCCCGCAUGUUUCAGCCACAGAACCUCCGGGAAGACCAAGUGCUUUCUGUGGAGGGAAAAUCUAGCGACCUGACUUGUAAGAGCCAGCGACUGAUGCUGCAGGUGGGUCUGAUCCUCCCAGCAAGCCCUGGCUGUUACCAUCUCCUGCCCUACACCGUUCGUGCUAUGGAGAAGCUUGUGCGAGUGAUAGACCAGGAGAUGCAGGGGAUUGGGGGGCAGAAAAUCAGCAUGCCCAGCCUCAGCCCAGCAGAACUCUGGCAGAUCACCAACCGCUGGGACCUGAUGGGCAAGGAGCUGCUAAGACUGAGAGACAGGCAUGGUAAGGAAUACUGCUUAGGUCCAACUCACGAGGAGGCCAUUACUGCCCUUAUUGCCUCCCAGAAGAAACUGUCCUACAAGCAGCUUCCGUUUCUACUGUACCAAGUGACGAGGAAGUUUCGGGAUGAGCCUAGGCCCCGCUUUGGUCUUCUCCGUAGCCGAGAGUUUUACAUGAAAGAUAUGUACACCUUUGACUCUUCCCCAGAGGCUGCCCAGCAGACCUAUGGCCUGGUGUGUGAUGCCUACUGCAGCCUAUUUGACAGGCUGGGGCUGCGAUUUAUCAAGGCCCAGGCAGAUGUGGGUAGUAUUGGGGGCACAAUGUCUCAUGAGUUCCAGCUACCAGUGGAUAUUGGAGAGGACCGGCUUGCAGUCUGUCCAAGCUGCAGCUUCUCAGCCAAUGUGGAGACACUAGGCUUGUCACAGAAGAAUUGCCCUGCCUGCCAGGGCCCACUGACUGAAACGAAAGGCAUUGAGGUAGGACAUACAUUCUACCUGGGUACCAAGUAUUCUUCCAUUUUCAAUGCCCAGUUUACCAAUGCUCAUGGUAAACCAUCCCUGGCUGAAAUGGGGUGCUAUGGCUUGGGUGUGACACGGAUCUUGGCUGCUGCUAUUGAAGUUCUCUCUACAGAAGAUUGUAUCCGCUGGCCCCGCCUUCUGGCCCCUUACCAAGUCUGCCUCAUCCCCCCUAAGGCAGCCAGUAAGGAGGAAGCUGCUGCAGAGCUCAUGGGGCACCUGUAUGACCACAUCACAGAGGCUCUGCCUCAGCUCCAUGGGGAGGUCCUUCUGGAUGACAGGACCCAUCUUACCAUUGGAAAUAGACUGAAAGAUGCCAACAAGCUCGGCUACCCCUUCGUGAUAAUUGCUGGCAAGAGGGCCCUGGAGGACCCUGCACAUUUUGAGGUUUGGUGUCAAAACACUGGUGAGGUGCUCUUCCUCACCAAAGAAGGAGUCAUGGAAUUCUUGACCCAAGUGCAAGUUGUCUAAGUGCCCAUCUCAUAGCCUAGUAUUAACUCUAACACUUCAGUUCUUGGCCCAUGCUCCUCUUCUGGUGGUCUCCACAGAAACAGGACCACUCAUGGAAAGUGAGAACGUGUUAGAGAAACCAGUGUUUACCCAGUCAUUUGUUCAGAUUAUUUGUAUUUGGAAUUGUUAACUUGAUUCCCUUCUUUGGGCUGGCCAUCUGACCAUAUGCCAUUCCUUUUACAUACCAUUUUGGAAGCUUCUAUUAGAAGGCUGAGAGGCAAGAAAGAGACCCAAGUUCUAGUCUUGGCCCUUGGGCAAGUCACUUCCUUCUCUGCUGAGUUUCCUGCGUAGGAUGGGAAUGGCAGAAGGCUAGGGGCCUCAGCUUCACUCAGUCCAAAGAGCAGGCCCACCAGCCCUCUCCUGAGAAGCUGAGAGUGUAAGUGAAAGAGUCUGAUUGUCACCAACUCACUGGUGGCUUGACACGUCUGCUUCCCAACUUGGGCUGCAGUUUUCCCAUCUGUUACAUGAGAAAUUGGGACUCUGUGAAGUCCUUAAAGCUGUCACUGAGUGGUUCCACAAGAGGCUCACAAUAGGCAGAUCUGGUUCUUCUGAUCCUCCAUGGUCUGAGUUUCCUACAAAUUUGAAUUGCCUGAUAACCCAAGAACCACCUCCAGAGAUCUAACCCUGCUGAGAUGGCCUAAGCACUGAGAUCAUGUUUUCUUUAUUGACUUUUUGUUUGUUCCUGAGUACUGAGGAUUGAACCCAGGUGUGCUUUACUCCAUGCCACAUCCCUAGCACUAUUACCUUGUUAAGUUGCUGAGGCUGGCCUCAAACUUGUGAUCUUCUUGCCUCAGCCUCCUGAGUAGCUGAGAUAAGAUUUUCUUGAUUGAAUAAAAUCUAACUAUUAGACUGA